CCCAAACAACCUGCUCCCAAACAGCCGGCUUCUAAACGACAGGCUCCAGGACUAACAUCUAAAACCCUGACUCAAAUGAAAACCGAUACCAGCAUGGCCCAGACUUUCGAUCCGCUGGACUACAUGACUGCAGAAGAGUUGCUCGCUAUCGACACGCAAUUUGCUCUGGCGCUGAAGGGAUUGGACGUCGUGCUGUUCUGGACUGGUGUAGACUGGGCCCAUGUGCAGAAAUGGGCCAGGAUAUGGAAACUGAAGACUUUAACAGUUGCCAUGGGGCCACUCAUGGAUGCAGCAAAUCCUAACAGCCCUAAGGCACGAAAGAAGAAAAAGGCAUAUUCCAGGUAUGUGAAGGGUGCAUCCGGUCGACUCGCGCAGUACGCGUGCCAGCAUUGCCGAGUCGUUGUCCUGACGAACCCUCCGCCCGACAUUUACAGUAGCAGAGAGAACAACACCUAUCAACAUCUUGAAGAGCCGAUUCUCAAAGGCCUUUGCGGUGGUUUUCCCGUUCGUAGAAUAGACUAUUUACAUCCAACGGUCGAUGGUGCAGCGCAUAUCACUUAUCAAGCUUGGCCAGAUAACAAAACCCAAGAUUGGGCUGCAAAAUUCGGGAAAAGGUCGGUCAACAGGUGGAAAAAGCUCAACUGGAGCUACAAGAGUCUCGUAACUACAUCUGAGCUCGGCUCGAAGCCUCUACAGACGCAGGUACUGCCCAUCAUUUCGGCCUCGCACGUCCAGCCAGCACAACCCUCCGAUCGGCAAGACCAUAAGACUGUGAGCCACUUCUCUGACUCCAAAAAGCAUACCGGAGUAGAAGAUGAGGACAUAACGCCACUUCAACAAGACAUUGACCUUAUCGAGGAGGAUCGUCUUUAUGAGGGGCUUGACAAUCGAGGUCAUGAAAGUCAAGCUCUACUCCCUGAAUCAAGGUGUGGACGGCUAGCAAGGAGUGACAGCCGCCUCGUCGACACGCAAGCCCACAUCCGAGAGGAACAAGGGAUUGAGUUUCAUGGAGGGCCGUUCGAGGAAGUCAACUGCUCGCCGGUACCAGUCUACAUGAUCAAAAGAUGUAGAAUGCCGAAUCCACCGGUUAUGGUGCCGGUAAUUAACAUCGAUGAUAUCAUGAUUGGAGCAGAAGUCACUGUCGAUAUCAAUGAGAACAGAGUGAAUAGGGACUUUUUGUACCUGACGAUGAAAGGUGUCUCCGGCCUCCAAGAUUGGUGGAAGCUGAGAUGGGUUGACCUAAUGGACAGAAAUAAUGUUGCUGGAUACUCCCCGAUCCGACUCGCAUAGUGGUGAGCCUCGGGAGGAAAAAUGUAAACGCCCUUCCCCCUCGGCAUACGCGUGGC